GGAUUCAAAAGUAAAGAAGCUCCACCGAAAAGAGAUGUAUCAACUUUGAUCAUACUUUCAGCCACUACUUAUUGCUCCAACAAACUUUUGGGUCAUUUUCCAGAUCAUAAAGUUAGAUAACUUAGAUUGAAAUCCUUCAGAAAGUCAGGCUUUCUUCCUUCAUUUCUGCUGGACUUUCUUCAGGUGAGACAGUUACCUGGGUUUUACUCAUUAAUCACAACUGAGUGUAGAGGCUAAUAACAGCACAGGGAUGUCUGUUCAUCUAUAAGUUUUAUAUGAUGUGAUGAUUCCUCAAUGGAAAUGAAGAGAAGCUGGUUUGGUCUUCUGAAGAAACUCUUUGUAUCGGACCCGAAAUCAAAACAAGAAAAGGAGAAGAGGAGGAGAUGGAUACUCGGAAGAUUUAAGAUAAAACGACUUCUCACAUAUACAGAGUCAUCUUCGUUGAAGGAGAAGAUACUGAGUGAAGCAGAUGAAGAACAGAGAAAGCAUGCUGUGGCUGUUGCUAUUGCGACAGCAGCAGCUGCUGAGGCUGCUGUUGCAGCUGCUCAGGCUGCAGCUGAGGUUGUCCGACUCACACAUGCCCCUCAAUCACGCCGUCAAGUAGAGAAGGGAAUCAGAGAAUUCUCUGCUAUUAAAAUUCAAACAGCUUUCCGUGGGUAUCUUGCAAGGAAAGCAUUGCGGGCACUGAAGGGACUGGUGAGGCUUCAAGCAAUGGUUCGAGGCAGAGCAGUGAGACGCCAAGCAAUCAGCACUCUGAAGAGUUUGCAGACUCUUGUAAACAUCCAGUCUCAGGUCCGUGCAAUGAGACUUGGGACGGUUGAGGAAGGCUGGACUGCCAAAGAGAAGCAACAAUUUCUAGCACAAAGCUAUGAAUUGAGAAACAAGGAUAAAAGGCUCAAACCAGAUAGUCAGAGGUGGGAUGGCAGCUUGUUAUCAAAAGAAGACAUCAAGGCCACGUUACUAAGCCGGAAAGAGCCGAUGAUCAAGGGAGAACAUAUGAAGAAAUAUUCGGAAAGGGGACAAACAGAAUCAGAACAGUGUGUGGAUGCCCAGCAAGGGCAAGAUAAUUUCAAAUCAGUUGACUGUUCAAAUGCACUGAACAGAUAUGAAGAGGGAGGACUACAGCUUAAUAUGAGAGAUACUCAAACUCAUAAGCAAGUAGGAGGAUUGGAUUCUCUCAUAACACUUCCAAGCAGGUCAAUUCAUCAACAAAAACAUAAUUCAAUUGGAGAUAAUGGCUCCUGCUUAAGCUUUUCGGCUGCUCCAGGAUACAUGGCUACUACUGAAGCUGCUAGGGCAAAGGCAAGAUCAUCUAGUGCACCAAAACAAAGGCUGGAAAUCAGAGAUUAUUAUUCUGAUCAAAGUUCAACAUCCAACAAUAGACUCUCAUUUUGCUAUUCUGUUGGUAAUGAUUCUACUUGCUUCAACAGGAUUGGCAAGCCUAGUGGUUUUCAACAGAGAUCUCCUUGUAUUAAAGGUCUGUCAGGUCCCGUAAAAUCAUAUCUAACUUCCAAAGAUCUCAGCCUGGAUUCUGAUUUCUCAUUUUUGAACUGGAACCAGCAGAGUGCAUUUAGAUGACAUUUUCCAUUAUGGGGAUUGCAAAAUUAUCAACUUUCUGAUAAAUGAUUUUAGUUUCUUCGCUACUUCUGGCAAUGAAACGAGAUUUUCGGAGUUCAGAUGAUUAACUAUAAACAUUCAACAUUCAUCUUAGGGAUCAUUACUGAUCCUUUUGAGUUUGAAUAAAGCGUUGUCUUCAUGUCUUCUGAAAGGAUUUCCAUCUGGGUAUCUUGUAUUUAUUUCCAGUUCCUGAGUGGUGGUUUGCUUCUUCCAUUUAUGGAUCAGAAUGGAGUUAAGGAGAGUUCUUGUUUGGUGAUCUAUUCUUUUUCAAUGUAGAUUUUUUUUUUUUCUGAGGGUUGUUGUGAGAUAAGGGCAGAAAUUCUUGUGUUAUUGCAGUUGGACUUGAAUGAGAAUCUUUGAUUUUUCUUUCUUAGCCUUGA